GCCCUUCUUAGCACCAGCCAUUGUGGGCUACAAGGUAACCUGUUCUGCCCUGGCUGCGCCGUGCUCACGGCUUCCUCCGUGCCACCGUCAUGGCGGGCAGAGUCAAAAGCUACAUCGGAGCGGCUGCUCCUCUCUACCUGGCACCAUUGCUAUUCUUAAACAAUAUGGUGUUGCUACACGGCGUGCUCCUGGUGACGGUGUUCACGGUUCUCGAAACUCUCCCGCUGGCCGUGGUGUCACUGUGCCCUUGGGUGUAUGCCGCUCUCAGUACUGUUCCCGGGUCAGACUACGAAAGUCUCGUACUCGACUGUUCUAGAGAGCUGGCGUCGCUGGCAAGCUUCCUCGCCGCGUACGUGGCGGUUGAUUUGACCGGGCUGUGGAGACGAGUGUCCCUGUUCCUGCUGCAAUGGCAGGGCGCGCGCGUUAGGCAGCUUUUCGCGUCGAUGAUGUUGUUCGCCUUCCUGGCUUCGCUAGUGCUACCGGCAGCCUUCGUCACCUGGCUGCUGUUGGCCUGCAUCUGCCCACUCGUCGAUCAUCUGGAGGACGACAUCAUAGCGCUGGCCCAGCAACGAAUGAAACUACGAGCAGCGCAUAGGACCCAAAGGCCGAUCAAGACGUCGGAGUUGCGUACGGCUCGCACGGUGGACAAGCAUUCCCCUCUGCGGUUAUCUCCGUUGUCGCUCACGAUUUCCGAAGAUUCUCAAACUUCCAGUCCGGGAGAUCUUCGAGACGCGGUGAGCUUACCGAGGCCACUGUCCAAAAUGGACGAUCUUACGAGGCAGCUGAUGGCCGCGUACCGUUCAGCGUGCAUGGAGUCUCCCACGCUGCGCCUUCUACAGGCCUCCCAACGCUCGCUGGCAGUGUGCUCCACUGGCACGCGAAUCGCAGACGGCUUUAACCGGUCCCAGAUCACUAAUAGGAUUCCAAGUCGGGAGAAUUCCGAUGUGCAGGAAUCGAGUCUGGCGUGUUCGUCCUUGACCCACCAGAUGUCAAUGUCUCAAACAGCGACCCUCCUGAAAACGCAGCGUUUCUCUCGGCCCCCAUUAUUGGCCUCCUUCGCUGGCACGUCUCUGCAGAACCACACCCUGAGACCUUUCCCAGUUCCUUCUUCUUCUCUGGCGAAGGAAUCGUGGUCCACCCAGAGGCCGCCAGUGGGCGCGUCCACGCCUCAGGGCAGUCAGUGCAGCAUGAGGGAGAGGUACAACAGGUCGACCUCACGCUCGCCCACAUCGCCGCACCUGCUAUCGUCACGCGAAUGCGAGACUGCGCUGUCAUGUUCAGGGAUCCGGCUGCAACAUCCGCAGUCUAAGAGCUACUCCUCCAUGCGUGGCUCUAGCGAAACAGAACGGCCGAGUCAUGGGUCGUUGUCCUCGAAACCAUCACCUGCAAUCACCUCACCGGAACACUCUGACGUCCGCACGAGGACAGUUUUUCCAACCGGCAGCGUGCAAUCCUCGAUGGUGACAAAGCGUGACACUACUGCCAGCGGCAAGUCAAGGAUUGAACCUACUGAAACCUUGUGCAAGUCAAUCAGAAAGGUGUUCAUGGUCGGCGUGGCUUACACCUCCAUUAUAGCCGGCGAGUGUGGCGUGAGGAAUCGAGCCAAAUUCAUCAUCGAUGCCUAUUAUACCACUGAUCUAAGCAGGGAGUUGACCAAGGAAUAUCGCCUGGCCAUUCGAGAGAUCAUCAGAGAAAAAUGGCAGCUGCAAGAACCCAUACAGCCGAGGGAAGUCAUGGGCAUCGUGAUGCUGACCGUAAUCGGCAUCUCACUUGCCAUUGACACGGACCGCUACAUCGGCAUGGACGCAACAGUGGUGUCUUCACUAUGCGUGCUAGCGGUGGUCGGAGUUCCGCUGGAGCUGGGGAACCCCAUGCUGGAGAACCGCGUCGUCACAUGGCAGCAGGUGCUCCGUCGAAUGCCUUGGGAACUCGUCCUGGUGCGGCUUGGUGGAAAUGCCCUGCAGCUAGUCGCUAUGCGUUCCAAAGCGUCAGCGUGGUUCAUGGAAAGCCAGCUGGAGAACGACAUCAACUACUACGAGCACCCCUUCUCGCGCCAGAUGGGCAUGCUAGCGAAAACAGCGCUGGUGUCUGAGCUGGGCAUUGCGGACAUCCGCCCAUUCAUGGUCAAAAACAUGGUGGUCAUGGCUGAGCGGUCCCGCAAGCAUCCGCUGUACUUCGCCCUACCCGUCGCAUUGGAGUCAGGCUGCGUGCUUCUGAUGCCUUACACGCAGCUGCCGCUAAUCUUCCUACACGUGUACGCUGACGUCAGUUGCUCUGAGCUGAUGUGGCUGGGUCUGCUGCUCAAGAUGCUUUCCAGCGUGGGAUUCGUCAUAGCUGCCAAUACUGUUCUGCCUGAACAGUGAUUCUCCAAACGUCGCCGCAGAAAAAAUGGAUCAGUGAAAUUUGGAACGAUUUAUGCUCGUUUGCUUCGACUUUGACAUUUGGCAAGCUUUGUCUCACUUCCAUACGGUGUGACGGAAAGACGAAGGAGCAACAGAUUGCGCAUGUUUGAUGUGUGCUAAGCCAACAUAAUUCGUUUUUGAAACUCUGGACUGCUCAGGGAGUGCACUUCUGCACCCUUCAAAGUUGGAGUAUUCGUAUAAGUGGUGUCGGUGGUGGAAUUCGAGUCAUUACUUUAUCUGUAGUGAUGUUCAUGGGU